ACGGUGACAAAACGAAAAACGAGAAUAAAAAAAAAAAAAUCUGAAAAACUGAAACGUUUUCGUCAGUCGCGCUCUCAGUGUGUCCGUCGGACAAAUGGACGCCGCCGCUGCGCAAGUCGCAUUACGGGUACUCCUACUGUUGUCAUCGUCGCCGGCUACUGUCGUAGUCCUGUGCGGCCGUCCCGUGUGGCUGACAGACGGCGAUACGCUGUACUUGAGAUGGCAGAGCGGGCUGGGCUUGUUGAACCGAUGCUCCGUUGUGCUACCCAACGGCACAGAGACGACCCUGCCGGACGCGACAGCCUCCGCCGUCACCGCCGCUAAUCUCACGUACGUGGGCGACGGUUACCAGUCCGGACAAUGCGGUCUCAGGGCCGCGAGCGUGACGCCAGGCGUCGGCAAUUGGACGCUAACGGCGUCGUCGGUGGACGGACGAUACGAUCGGGACACGAGUCACGUCACGUGCAUAGCGAAACAAUGGCCCAGAUCGACGACGAUCCGCGUGCCCGUUGGUACCGCGGUGAACGUCACUUGCGGACCACCAAAAGCGUUUUACUGCCGCAUGUCCGGCCCGUCUGGCGAAGUUUCCAGGCACAAAGGCCAGUGUUGGGUGUACGUCAAGUCAGUCGGAUCGCAUCAUCAGGACGUGUGGACCUGCUGGUCGGUUACAGCCGAGUCCGCGGCCGAAGUUCAAUACACCCUUCGCCUACACGCUUACCGAGAGGGCGCAAUAACGGAAGUCGGAUUUGACGAAACGCCGACCGAGGUGCGAGUGUUCUGCAACGUCCGCGAAAGUAAUGUCACUGCAGUCGGCAUUGCUGUUGAUCCGGACGAUAACUUCCGGUCCAAAUACUGCAGGAUUACAUUACCACGAGACACGAAGAUCCUGUCACUGGCGUACGGCAGAGGCACUAGCCGGUACUCGUAUCACGGUACAGCAUACAACGAUUGCGGUGUGUCGUUCGCAAAACCGCUGAGACGAUCCGAAAUUGGCCGAUGGAAAUGCAUGAACGCCAUGUCCGACGACCGUGUUUACGGCGGUUUCAUCGUCGUCGUACCACCCAACAAUACAAAAGGUAUACCACCGCUUACGGUGACAACCAGCAGGUCUGUAAUGGUGCCCAAAGGCAACACGUUUCAUGUGGAGUGCAGUGUACAUUCAGAGAUCGACUAUUGCUGGCUGCGGCAUCCCAACGGAACUGCUAUCCCGGUGACAGUACCGGACAGAACUACGGACGACUUCCGGAAUAGGAUCGGAACUAGGUACCGGUACACGGGUGAAGGAUUGUCAUUCGGCCAAUGCCACGUGGCGAUCGAUGACGCUUCCACAUCGGACACGGGUGCUUGGCUUUGCGCUUUGGGUCUGCGCGACGACCGCCGUGAAAUGUACGGUACAGUGGACAUUACGGUUUCCGAGUCCGUGAUUGCGGCCCGCCAAGAAGAAUUAUACGCGACCGAGGGCAGCCAGGUGACGUUAGGAUGCGACACGGUCGAAAAACAGCCCAUAGCCUACUGCCGGUUUCUCACGCCAAGUCUAUUCGGAUUCGCCGUGGACGAGAAAUCGGACGCGCGAUCACCGCCUCGGUACGCGUACUCUGGCCAAGGACUGACGGCAGGCCACUGCGGUUUGUCAAUCGACGGCGUGGAAGAUUCGGACUACGGAAACUGGACGUGCGCCGUGAAAAUCCUCGAUUCUUCCGGAUCGGAAGAAGUCAGCACGACCGUCAUUUUGCGAAAACCCGAAGGAUUUACAAUGAUCCAGAUCAUCGGCAUCGUGUUGUGCGGCACUAUGAUAUCCAUCAUGUCGUUGUUCUUUGCCAAUCACCUCAUCACCAAUCCGUCGGCAAAGACCAGGAAAAAAAUCGAAAAAUUAGAAAUGCAGCUCGAAGCUGGUGAACAAGGUCGCAGGGUAGGCGCCAGACGCGCACAGACUAGCACGCGUGUGAUCAGGACUCAGCCGGGUCUGAGCAAACAGGGGUCUGUACCUCGGAGAAUUUGAUAGCUGCACUCGAAUAUUUUAUUCGCCACGAUAAAUAACUUUUUGAGUACUUGUAACGCCAGAUCUUUGCUGCCGCCUUCAACACUCUAGUUCGAUUCCACUCAAUAAUAAUAACAGUAAUCAAAAAAUGUAUGCACAAUCUGUGAUGCCAUGAUGGUAAGAGUGUGUCAGUUUUCUGAAGCACUGCAGAGACGACUUGACUUAGUUCACUUACGAAAAACUUAUUUUUUUUUUUAUAAUAUCGGAUUGUUUAUACAAUCACUAAACAUUUAAUGAAAUAAUAAUGAGCUAAUAGAUAGUCCCUUAAACGUGAUUUAGUGCCAGUGUAAUUGAUUUUUUAUAAAGUAUAUACAAUUCGGAACAGUGACGUAACUAUAAAAGGGAUCAGAAAGUGAGGUAGCGCCCGAGCUCAUUUUCGCUUAAGGGACCCUAAAUAAUACUUUGUUUUUCUUUUAAUAAUUUAUAAUAAGCUAUUAAAUCAUUAUUAUUAUUAUUAUUAUUAUUAUUAUUUUUAAUACUUUAAAAUUAUUAUAUAGCUUUGAAUUAAUAAAACAUGCAAUAAUAGGUA